CUUCUCCGGCGACGACGACGACUCCCGCUCCGGCAACAACCUCUUCGGCUCCCACCGCAAAGCCCCCGUCUUCAUCUUCUCCCAAUUCUCCUCCUCCAAAUUAGGGUUUAACGGCUCCAGGGUUUCCGACAUGGCCCGCUCCGGCCUCUCCUUCAAAGCCGAGCAAUUCAGAGACACAGACACCGCCGGCGACGAAGAAGGUAACGAACAAGCCGAUGACGAAAUCGAUGACAAAGAUACCAAUUCAGAAAUCGACAAUCGGAUUGUGGAUUUGCAAUUCUUCAUCCGAGGAUUGGAGCUUGGUCAACGCGACGUGGCGGCCUUGUUCUUCCUUGUGAGCUUUCUAUCCGCUGCUUACGGCUGGGUGAUUCUAGGGUUUCUGGUGACGUAUUCUUGGGUUCUGGGCAUUGUGUUCACCACAGUUGUAAAUGAUCUGAUUGGGAGGUUCAAUUCGUUUAUCGGUCUGGUCUGGGACGGGUCUAGAUUAGGAGUCAAGAGAUUAUCCGGCUUCAUUUUGAUGAGGUGGGCCGUGAGGGAUGCACUCACUCAGCUUCUCGGGUUGUGGUAUUUCGGAGAGAUUGAGGACCAGUACUCUUUUUUCAAGCUGUUUAUCAGGUUGAAGCUGAUGCCCUUCUCUGUUAUGCCUCCCUGGAUUCGAGGCUUCGAGAAGGAGAUAUCCGGGUUUCUGUUGAUGUGGAUAUUUGUGGAUACGGUCGUGGCGUUUGUGUUUGCUGUGGAUGCUUGGAUUGCGAUAGUGGAUUCCAGGAAGAGUGGGAAGGAGAUUGUGAAGGAGGGUCUAUCGUUUGCUAAGGUGUUUCAGUCGACUAUGGAAGUGUACUUUAUGGUGGCAUGGUUGAUAUUUUACUUUGCGGCGAGGGCGAGGUGUAGGGAUGCUAGCUCACAGGGGGAUAGAAUCGGAGCACUUCAUUGAGGGGCCUUUUGAUGAUACCUGGCAUUAAUCAGCUGACGGUACCUCUUGCAGGCUUGGAUUGUAAACACGACAUUGCUGGUAAUUAUUCAGUGCUCUGUGUGUGUUCCUGUUUAGGAUUUCCUGAUAUUCAGCGCUGCCAUUGUUUGCUUUGGUUGCUAGACAGUGUUGUUGUAUGUACUUUACCACAAGGCAAUAUACUAGUGUAUUUCUUGCACAAGAAUCCUUCAUGUGUAAAUGAUGUUGCAUUCAUUGCUUUGAUUUCCUGCAGAACAUGUGAUGACCAUGAUGUAAGCAACCAGAGUCUGUCAUUGUAAGAAUUUAG